GAAUGUUACGAAAAUAUUAUCCUAUUUCUGCUUUAGACACUUUGAAAAAGUGAAAUUAGAAAAGUCAAAUUAUAAAAUAAGAAAAAAAUUAUAACUUCUUGUGUUGGUUAUGAUUGUAUGGGCGGAGAACAAAUUGAAAUGGCGAACAAUCGCAAAACACGUACCGACUCGUACUUGACCGUUUUCCGUAACAUUACCAAUUAUGAUAUCUAUCUGAUAAGGCACGCUUGCAUUCAUGAUUACGCAUCUGUAACCUGAUCCUCGAACAGACAUAGGGGGCGUAUAAGAGACGCCCCUUUAUCACCCAGAUGAACCACAACAGCUAUCCCGUAGUCUAGUUUCCUUAUGGAAUCCAACCAGGCCAUACAUGGGCCAUGUCUCGACUGUUAACUGUCUUAUUCCUUACCUCCUGGGUCUCGCACAUCGAAUGCAACUAUGAUGAUCGAGCCAGAAUAAGGACUUCAAACGGAAAUCUCUACCUCGAACCGGCUAGGGGCAAGAAUAUAUAUUUGCGCACCAAUGGACCCCAGUCCAGUAUCUUCCUUGGCGAUACCAACCUGAUCAACGUGACUUCUGGUCGAAGCGGGCCUUAUCUACCGGCAGGCAAUAACGUGGAGACAUUACCAUUACCAAACGACAUACUUCGACGACUGCAAGAGUUAGAAAGUCGUAAUUUUGUGUCGCAAGAUGAUCUCAUGAGAAACAUUUCUGCAUUGUCGCUAAGAGUUAGCAGACUGUCCACGAGGCUCAACCGCUUGCAACGCCAGAUUGACGGCUGGACCGGAGAACAGUGUCAGAUCCACACGUGCCAACAUGGCGGCACCUGUCUUAAUUUACUCGGGGACUUCCACUGCCUCUGCCCGUCAAAUUGGGAAGGGAGAAACUGCGAAAUAGAUGUCAAGGAGUGUCGUAUUUAUGCCGGUACCGAUUUGGGAUGUCAAAACGGAGCAAACUGUAUGGAAAAACCAGGAAGUUACGAAUGUCAGUGUCGACCGGGAUGGUUCGGAACACAUUGUACUAAAAGGAAAUUGGAUUGUUCCGGAGGUAAUGCUGAGAUGUGCGGGCACGGUACAUGUGUGCCUGUGAGUUCAGGUGAUGGCAUCAAGUGUAUUUGUGACCAGGGGUGGACCACAAACGGUACCGUUGCGUGUUUGACGGAUGUAAACGAAUGCGAUACUAGUUUAGGCCCGCGAUGCUCAGUUAAUCCGAAGGUGAAAUGUAUCAACUUACCCGGAUCUUUUACAUGUGAACAAUGUCCUGCGGGAUAUCAAGGAGACGGAUAUGUCUGCUACGAUAUAGAUGAAUGCGCGACUAACAACGGCGGCUGCAGUUUAAUGGUGUCAUGUCAUAAUACAAUUGGGUCCCGCAUAUGUGGCGCUUGUCCUCCUGGUUAUAUCGGCGAUGGCAUCACGUGUACCUGGAGGGGCUCCUGCAGCAUCGAUCACGGGGGUUGUCAUCCGUCUGCUCGUUGUGUUGAAAAUUCUGGUGUCGGGGGCGGUGUACAAUGCGAAUGUCCUCCACGUAUGGACGGCGACGGCGUGGGUCUGCACGGUUGUUACGUAUCCACGGAAAAUAGCACUAUGAGUUGUGAAAACGAUCCUUGUGGCCCUCAUGGUCGAUGUCAUAUGCUUCGACACGGUUACACAUGCUUCUGUUUACGAGGUUUCACCGGUGCACAUUGCGAUGUCCAAGCCGAAGGUUGUGCCACUAACCCAUGCAAGAACGGAGGUGUAUGUCGACCUGAUGAAACGACGGCGCAAGGAUUCAGAUGCGAAUGUACUUCACAAUACACGGGAAAUCUCUGUCAAGAACGCUCGCACUGCGGAAGCAUUCUGCGUGCUGAAGAAGGAAGUUUAGUUUAUCCAUUGACAAAUACAACAUACGCCCGCAACUCCAAGUGUGCUUGGAUCAUUCGAACAGUACCAGAGAAAGUGAUAAAUGUAACAUUCAGUAGAUUUAACUUGGAACGAUCGCCUGACUGUAAUUUUGACUUCUUACAAAUCCACGACGGUCGGAGCACAGCCGACCCCUUGAUAGGGAGAUUUUGUGGUACAAAUCCACCGAACGGAGGUAAUAUUGUAUCAAGUCAACACAAUUUGUACCUAUGGUUCCUGUCGAACAGCGUUGCUGGUCGGGACGGCUUUUCUCUCCAUUGGCACAGUGUGGCACCAGUCUGUGGCGGUGAGGUUAACGCCACUGUACACGGCGCGAUCAGCUCGCCUGGAUCUCCAGGUAAGUAUCCUCCAAAUAGAGACUGUUAUUGGCAUUUGCAGACGACUCUUGGUAAGAGAAUACAAUUGCACUUCUUCCAAUUAGAUUUAGAAACUCACGAUAAUUGUAGCUUUGACUAUUUAGCCAUUUACGAUGGAGAUAAUGAAGGCAAAUUGUUAGAGAAAUAUUGUAGUUCAAUCCAACCUGCUCCUGUCCAAUCAACUGGUCCAGAAAUGGUUAUUCAUUUUCAUUCUGACGCUCACAGUUCCGGAAAAGGUUUUCAAAUAACUUACGCCCCUGUGGAUGGGGUCCCGGGCUGUGGGGGUUUCUUUAGCGCGGACAGAGGAGAGAUCACAUCACCUUCAUACGAUGGUUCAUAUUUGAAUAAUUUGUUAUGCGAGUACAAAAUACGCACAGGUCCGGGCACCCAAAUUCAAUUGGACUUUACCUUGUUCGAUUUAGAACGUUCUAGAAAUUGCAAACGUGAUUAUUUAAAAAUUUAUGAUGGUACAUCUACUGAGUCUCCUAUCAUGGGAACAUUUUGCGGUAAAUUAGAUAGAAAAAUUACACUAAAUUCGACUUCGAAUAACGUAUUUAUGUUAUUUAGAACGGAUCGGUCUUUUGGUAGAGAUGGAUUUAAAAUAAAUUAUAAAGUUAUAUGCAACUACUUACUGCGUGGUGACAGUGGUGUAAUCAAAUCGCCAGGAUACCCUUUCACUUAUCCCGAGAACAGAAUGUGCGAGUAUGUAAUUGAGACAUCUCCCGGGAAAGCUAUACAACUCACUUUCCAAGACUUUGACAUAGAGGGCGAUAGACAAUGUGUCUUUGAUAAAGUUGAGGUAAGAGAUGGCUUCAACAGAAAUGCUUCACUUUUAGGAGUAUACUGUGGAAGCGCAAUCCCUCCUACUCAAACUUCGUCUCAUAAUAUUAUGUACGUAAGAUUUAGUUCAGAUAUGAGCCAAUCCGGUGGCGGGUUUUAUGCAAAUUUCACAACAAUUAACGUCAAAUGUGGAGGAAUAUACAGGGAUCCAGCAGGUACCAUUAGCUACCCCUCAACUGAUGGUCAAUAUCAAAAUGACGAGAAAUGCACGUGGCUGAUACUGGCGCCUGCAGGAAAGUACAUCAAGCUGACAUGGAAUAGAUUUGCAAUUGAAAAUACACAUUCAUGUAAUGCGGAUUACUUAGAGCUCAUUAUUACAGAAGAAGAUGAUAAGAAAAAUUCACUUGGAAAAUAUUGUGGUAUCAAGGCACCGCCGACCUUAACCAUUACGAGUAACAAUGUUAUGUUAAAGUUUGUAUCAGAUAAUUCUGUAAAAUUAGCUGGGUUCUCUGUGACAUAUACAUUUUUAGAGUCUAAAGAUACUUGUGGUGGAAACUACGUACAAAAUCAUGGAGUACUCUAUUCUCCAGGCUGGCCAGAUAGAUAUGGCAGGAAUCUCGACUGUGUUUGGGUAAUCAAAGUUACACCAGGCCAACAAAUUAAACUCAAUAUUUCUCAUUUUGAUGUCGAAGAUAAAAAUUAUAGAACUGGUAUCUGUGACGACUUCCUGCAAUUGAGAAACGGCCCAUCAGCGACCUCUCCCUUGAUCGGUGAAUACUGUGGUCAAUUUAAAUCAAAAAUUAUUACUGCUGUUGCCAACUCUAUGUACUUACGUUUUCAUUCCGACUUUAUGAUCGGUGGAAGAGGCUUUAAAGUUGAAUGGGAUAGCACAAUCACCGGAUGUGGGGGCACAUUUACUAGCUCCACUGGUUCCAUUUCGUCUCCUAAUUAUCCAGAAAACUAUAACGAAAAUUCGGAAUGUUUUUACAGGAUAGUCACAAAUCAAGGAUCAAGAAUAUCUUUAACAUUUUCAUUUAUCGAAUUAGAAUAUCUUUGUGAUGAUUACGUGGAAAUAUAUGACGGUCGAGACCCUGAAUCUCCUAAAUUAGGCCGAUUCUGCAAAGUGGCCCAAAACAAAGUCAUCGAAACAUCUAGCAACAUUGCAUUCAUAAAAUUCAAAUCCGAUUUCUUAUUGACGGGUAAAGGAUUUUUGCUUAAUUAUCAUACUAUAUGUAAUAAUAAUGUCACUGGUACGUAUGGUGUUAUAGAAAGCUUAAAUUUUCCAAAUUAUUACCCCGAACUCAACUGUUCAUGGACGAUAAACGUGCCAAAGGGUAACAAAAUUAACAUAACAUUUACUAAUUUUGAUCUAAGAACAAAUCGAUUCUACUAUUAUUCUUUCAGGAGACUUGAUCCCGGUUCAACAAAUUCCCAAAGACAUCUAAGUAAUGUAACUUGCAGCAUAGAUUAUCUUUUGAUAGAUAAUCCAGCUCUGGUAGACAAGUCCGUUCGUCAUUGCAGCUGGCCAGCUCCUGUUAACGCAAAGAGCAAUUCCAUUCAAAUAAAAUUCAACAUUCAAAAGGGGUAUCGUGUCCCUCAAACUCAUUCAGGUUUUAGAUUAGAGUGGGUAAGUUAUGGUUGUCGAGGACAUAUAAGAAAAAGAAGUGGCUACCUUAACAAGACCAUGUCAUCUAGCGAGCAAAUGCAGUGCGAAUGGUUAAUUGAAACUCCUGUAGGCACAAAUAUCUUCAUGUUAUUUUCAAAAGUAUACAUGUUGGAUACAAAUAACUGUGAUAGUGAUGCUUUAGAAAUUUAUAAUGGGCCGACAGAUAAUUCCCCACUUCUCACAAAAUUCUGCCACGAUACUGCAACAGUUCAGUCGACAUCUAAUUAUUUGCUUGUGAAACUAAUAAAAAAUUCAUCGUUGAAAGAUUUACAUUUUGCUGCUACCUUUACCGCUAUUUAUGCUACUUGCGGUGGUUUUAUGAAAGCGCAAUCAGGUGUAAUAACUUCCAAAAAUUAUCCCAAGAAUUAUGAUAAUAAUUUAGACUGCAUUUGGACGAUAGUCGUCCCUCGCAGCCACCGUGUGGCAAUCGAGUUCACAGAUGUUGAUUUGAAUAAUGAAAAUAGUGUUAGUGGUUGCGAUGACUCUAUAAAAAUAUACGAGGGCGAAUCAAUCCUGAAAAAGAAUUAUUCUCAAAUCAUUUGUGAUGUUUCCACCCAGAAGUAUUUUGUUUCAAAGAGUAAUUCAAUUAAAGUCCAGUUUACAACCAACGGAGCCAGAACAGCCAAAGGAUUUAAGGCAAAUUUUAGCAUGACUUGUGGAGGAGUUAUAAAAACAUCAGAAAAUUCCGAAAACGGAAUAAUAACCAAUGAAAACUUUGGAAGUCAGUCAAAUUCUAGUUGUCUUUGGACAAUUCUUGCACCUAAAUUGGAACAAAAGGUGUCAUUGACCAUAACACACUUAUCUCUACCUAUUAAUAAUAAUCGUGUAACAAAUCAAACUUGCCCCAACUCUUAUCUUAAGGUUCUCGAUGGAGAUGAUGAGAAUGCACCUUUGAUAGAUGAAUAUUGUGGACGAUCAGCACCGGCGACCAUUGUCAGUCACGGAAGUGCUCUUACUGUGAAACUUGGCACGCAUGAUGACAAAAUUACUGGAAUAUUCUCAGCAUACUACUCAACCGUAGAUACUUCCUGUGGUGGAACUUUUACUUCUGAAAGUGGUGUUAUUGCCUCCCCGAACUACCCAGGUCCUUAUCCUAACAAUGCUGAUUGCGAAUGGAAACUUAAGACAUCCCCAGGAAACAGAGUGUCUUUAUAUAUCGCCAUGUUGGAUAUCGGGUAUUCGGAAGACUGUAAUGAAGAUUAUUUAGAAAUUCGUGAACGCGAUGGUGGUGGAAAAAUACUUGGUCUUUAUUGCGGACGUGUCCUUUCUCCUGGCCUCAAUGUGACGUCGGCUACAGAAUUGUACUUAAAAUUUCGUAGUAAUGACAAAGACCCUGGUCGUGGAUUCUUAAUCCAUUACGGUUUCUUGCACGGUAAUGAUAUUACCGGCAUGAGUAAUGGUGAAAUCGCAUCGCCUCUAUACCCACGUCCUUACGAUGGUACUGGAGAAUUUUGGUGGCGCAUUACUACUGAAAGCUUAGCAAUUAAUAUUGAAAUUGACAACUUACAAAUACACACUCAUAGCGAAACUUGCGAUGAUAGUUUGAGUAUUUACGAUGGCUAUGACGCGGAAUCACCUCUCUUAAUUGAACUCUGUGGGGCUUUACACAGCAAAUCAGAAGUUGUAAGUACCACUUCAAAUGCUGCUUAUAUAAAACUAACAUUAAAUGAGGCAAACACAGGAGCAUUUUUCCACCUGCGAUGGUCUCAAGAUGACGUGGACAUAGAUGAAGAUGCUAAGAAAAUUAAUUGCGGCAACAAUAGCAUCAUAAAUAUUGCGCUUGAAGAUACACAACAUUUCACCACGCCUAAUUAUCCUAACCACUACGAAAAUAAUCAAAAUUGUGAAUGGAUAUUUAAAGCUGCAACUGGACGGCAUUUGAUUUUACAAUUUGUCUUGUUCGAUUUAGAGGAACGUGACCCAUGUGAUAAUGGUGAUUUUGUAUCAAUAUUCACGUCUAAUGAACCAGCGGAAUGGAAACCAAUAAAAGAAAAACUGUGUCUUAAAUCAGAAUUGGAACAAGAGUUUAAGGCGUCGAAUUUUCUCAAAGUUACCUUCACUAGUGAUUUUUCUUACACUAAAAAAGGUUUUCUUGCAAUAGUAAAAUCAAGAUGCGGUGGCGAGUUGUUUGAUCCUUCUGGGGAAAUAAUUACAGAUGACCAUGAUUUUGAUAAAUUUGGCAUCAAUGAACCCUACAGGUGUGACUGGAAGAUAAAAGUUCGACCUGGCCGACGCAUAAAAGUACAGUUUGUACAUUUUAACAUUACAAAUGAUGAUAAUAACUGUUUAGCUUACGUUAUUCUGCACAAUGGCGAGUCUCUUAAUUCUCCCAAGCUGGCGGAUGGUAAAUACUGUGGAUAUGCGCAUGAAGAUAGGAGUGCAAUGGAGACAUCGGGUAAUAACUUAGUCAUUAGUUAUAUUAGAGAUCGAAAAAAUACAAAAUUUGGCCAAAAUAUUAAACUGCAUUAUGAAGAGAUUCAGAGCACCUGUGGAGUAACAUCCAAGCUAGAUGGAGAUAAAGCCUGGGAAAUAAUAAGUUCGCCAAACUAUCCGAAUGUUCCGGAUCCUUUUACUGAAUGCAAUUGGGUAUUCACUGGACCCGUUGGAGAAAUAUUAAGAGUAGAUUUUAUUGACAGGUUUGAUCUCCAAAAAGACGACGAUUGCGCCAAAGAAUAUGUAGAAAUACACGAUGGAUCAUCAAUAAUGUCUCCUAGUAAAGGACGUUACUGUGGUGCAAAUCCAGGAUCAAUAAAAACUACAGGAAAUUCCGUUAUGAUAAAUUUUGUGACGGAAUUAUCAGAGCCAAAUAAUGGUUUCAAAGCGAAUGUUUCGAUCGAUGUAUGUGGUGGUUUAAUACGUAGCUCUCAAGGAGAGCUGACUUCUCCUGGAUAUCCUAACGCAAUACAUUUACCUCCAGGAACUGUUUGUGAAUGGCACAUUAUAGGCAUGCUAGGGCAUUCUUUGUCAAUAACACCGCAAGCUAUGUAUUUACCGGAGUCUGAAUCAGAAUGCGGUACAAAAGUUACUAUUGAAGAGAUUGAACCUGUGAAUGGUAUAAAUGAGAUAUUGAAAACCUACUGUACCCAGAAUGUUGUUGAUCAAUCCACCAUCGAGACGUCGUCUAAUAAUGUCACAGUGAAACUUCAUAUAGGAACGCCCAGCUUGUAUCCUUAUGCAGAUGGUAGAUUAACUGGUUUUCGUCUUACGUUCAAAUUGUCACAGCCUUCAUGUUCCGGAGAAAUAACUACAUCUGAAGGCUUCCUCACUACUCCAAAGUAUCCACGCGAUUCAAAUUUGAACUUCUGUAGUUGGAUCAUUACCGUACCAGAUCCGACAAGAAGAAUAUCGUUAGAGAUUCUUGAUUCAGGAAAAUAUAAUAUAUAUGUAAGUGAGGGUGAUUUCGAACAAAGCAUAGCAUUCAAAUAUAACUUUGACAUUACUAAUGAUAACACAACAUUUAAGUCAUCAGGUAACAAAAUGACAAUAAAUGUGCGUAAUCCUCAUGAUGGACCGUUUAGAUUCAGAGCUAGAUUUAGAUCUGAUGAACCGGCCGUUUGCGGAGGCUCUUUGACUGGUAACACUGGCCAUUUGACAUCAAUUAAUCGAGAUGACGAAUAUUUCUGCAGUUGGACAUAUCAUUCAGAUACUAACCAAGACGAUAGUAUUUAUGAGUUUAAUACAAUAUUCCUCGCAGGUUUUGUAAAUUCAUCGGCUCCUUCUAAUAGAAAGCGGUGUUUAUAUUUUGACCCCAAAUUAAUUAUACGAUCUUCAUUAGAUACUUAUAAUAAACAAUCAAUAACGAUUUGUAAUUCGCAGUUUACAUACAGAAUACCGAAUCGUAAUAUACAAUUUAUAGCGAAGAAAGACAACGAUAAAUAUCUUAACUUUGAUUUGUCAUGGAAAUUACAACCAUGUGGAGGAACCAUACAUAUCGGAGAGAGUGCAACCAAUGUCAUAAAUAUUCCAAAAUCAUAUAAUGAAUCUAUAGAAUGUGCUUGGCAACUUCAAUCUUCUGGUCUACUUACUCGUACUGAAAUAAAACUUGAAGGAUCCUUUAAAUUGAACUGUGAAGAUGAAUUUAUAAGAUUAACACGCUAUGAUAUAAGUUUUACAAACUAUGUCAUUGCAGAGUAUUGUAUAGAUAAACCACAACCUCAGCCUUUAGUUGUUCAGUAUAAUAAUGUUAUGGUCGAAUAUCAUUCUAAGACAGCCAACACCAGUAAUGUAAAUGUUACCGUGAGAUCAGUAACUCAGGAAUGUGGUGGUAGAUAUUUCUACCCUGGUAAAUUUUCGUCGCCAAAUUUCCCGAAAGGUUAUGCCAGCAAUUUAGAGUGUGAAUGGGAAAUUAUUGCUAGAGACCUAGGUUUCAGAGUAGCUUUACAAUUUAUUAAUAGAUUUGCCAUCGAGAAAUCACCCAAUUGCACCAAAGAUGCUGUAAUAAUUUAUGAUUGGAAAGAUGAUAAUUAUAUUGAAAUCGCUAGACUGUGUGGUCGUGAAUUGCCUUCCAUAUUCAACUCUACAAACGACCGGCUCAAAAUAGUUAUGCGUACUGACAACGAUAUAAAUUUAGAUGGAUUCCAAGCUAAUUGGACUACGAUCUGUGGUGGAACGUACAACGCUACCACGACGGAGAAUUAUCUAUACAGCCCUGGGUAUCCCUUUUAUCACAGAUCUAUGACUUGCUCCUAUAAAAUCGUUGCAUCGGACAAAAAAAUUCAAAUUAAAUUUUUAGUAUUUGAUCUAGAAGGUGAACCUGGAUCAUGUGAUAAUGAUAAUAUCACUGUAUCGUCGUCAUAUUUUUAUGAUAUCUAUUGCGGAAACGAAAUACCCAUAAUUAAUUCAAUGGCUAGUGAAGUGGACAUUUUGUUUCAUUCAGAUAGGUCUUUUCAGAGAAAAGGCUUUAAGAUGGCCUAUUCUCUUUAUUCUUGUGGUGGGCAUAUUACAGAAUCUACUAUUCUAACUUCGGGUCCAAAUGAUAUAUAUAAUAGCGAUGUAAACUGUACAUGGUUUAUUGAAGCUCCAAAAAAUAAGACUGUUGUGUUAAAAAUUGUUUCCUUUUAUUUAGAACAGUCAUACGAAUGCAGUGCUGAUUUUUUGGCUGUUUACGAAGGUCAUAGUUUAGACAUAGACAAUCGCCUAGCUGUUCUUUGCGGUUUAAUUGUAUCUCCAACUGUUAUAAAAAGUAAAGGAAAUAAAUUGACUGUUCAGUUUGUGACCGAUCAAUAUAUAGCUUUUGAUGGUUUUAAGAUAAAUGUUAUGUUCACAUAUACAGAAUCAGUUGGAUGCGGUGGAAAUAUUGAUAUAAUAUCAUCACAUACCUUAUCUUCGCCUCAUAUAAAUUCUCAAUUUGCCUACGAAAACUACCUCGAUUGCAAUUGGAAUAUUAAAGCACCAUUAGAUCACGUUAUCAAAGUUUCGUUUUCAUCGUUCCACAUCGCUCCGUGCCGUGAUAUCAACCAAACGGCUUUGGGCUACAGUCAAUGCGACUGUGAUUUCUUACAGAUCAAAGACGGAAUAGAUCGAACAAGCAUUGUAAUCAACAAUUACUGUGGGCACACGCUUCCUCCUGAUUUGGUUACGUCUAAAAACACACUGGGUAUAACACUUUCGACCGACGGCGAAAUUACCAGUUCUGGUUUCACAGCAACUUUGAGCGUACAAAAAUCAGCCUGUGGUACAUCUUCCUUUUAUGUAUCUAAUAAAGUGCAGCGUUUAAAGACUCCUGGAUAUGAUACCGGAUCAACAGCUCGUGCUCUUCAUUGUUUAUAUCACUUCUCAACAGAAAAUUCGUAUUCUCAAACUCAUAUUCAUUUUAAUGAAUUCGAUAUUUUACCUGGAUCGUCUAAUACGGUUUGCGACAAAGAUAAGAUUAUAAUAACGACUGACUCUAGCACACGUGGGUUGCCUCUUGGAAAAAAUUAUAUAGCGUGGGAAAAUAGUAACACGCUAAGUUCUUCUGUAUUUUUAAAUUAUGGGAUAUUCAGCGACGCAAUUACACCCGACCAGUACGUAAUAUGCGGAUCUAGAAAAUCGGUAGAUCUUUAUGUUAAAGGGCCGUUUACUAUGAACGUUAUAACUACGUCGGAUGAGGUAAUACGGCAAUAUAAAGGUCUAGAUGUAGAAGUAACAAAAGUUGGAUUCUGUGGCAGAAAUUUCACAAGCACAUACGGUAAAAUUGUGAGUGUAUACGAUCCUGACCAUAACGAAACUGUAAAAGAUUGCUACACACUUGUUAGUGUACCGGAAAACUACACAAUUUCAAUAUAUUUCAAUUCAGCUGAAGCGUCUUAUGUUCCUCCUAACACAUUUUUGAUAAUAUAUGACGGAAAUACUACGUCGUCUAGAAAAUUGUUGUCAUUGAAUGAGAAAAAUUCGGAUGCUAAAUCAGUCUUUUCUACCGGCGGGAACGUUUUGCUUCACAAUCAUUUGCUGAACAUUGAUAAUUACAUAACUUACGAUAUAACCUAUAUAGCGACGGAUAAAGGCCGAGGUUGUGGAGGCUAUUUUUAUGGCGCAGAAGGGACAGUAACAAGUCCUUUUUAUCCAGCCGUGUACCGUCAAACGAAGACUUGUGAGUGGGAGUUAGAGACGCCUCAAGGCACGAAGGUGUCACUGCAUUUCGAAUCAUUUGAUCUGUCACGUGACUGCGAUAACAAUUAUGUCCAGUUGGUUGAUAGGGCUGGUAGUGUCCUGUCGAAUUACUGUUCGGACAUCCCCGCAGACUAUACAAGCGUAAGUAAUUACUUGAAGAUUGUGUACGUUACGACUAGAAACAAUGGCGGGACAGGUUGGGUAGUUAGGUUCGUUAGCGUCAUAAGAUAAUUUUACUUACUUUUUUCAAUCCUAAAUGGCUGAAUGUUACACUAAACACGUAUUGUCCAAAACAUAGACAUACAAUCGGAAUGUCACGCAAUACAAAUGAUCAAACAGUCAUCUAGAUAAAUACUGUAAUAGGUAACUUCAUACCCCCUUAUGUUUAUUAUUUUGAAUAUUUUAUGUAUCUGUUUGUGUCGAUUUUAAAGAAAAGUAGAUAAUAUUCUAACUUUAUAUUCCAAUGUUUUACAACAUUUUUAUAGAAGUUUUUUAAAAAACUUGUUGAAAUGAUUUUAAUUUGUUUAGAAGUUAGAUAUAUUACUUUUAUGCUUCGUCAACGUGUUAUGACAGAAGACUUGAAAUAAAUUAUAUUAAUAAAAUAAUGAAACUAUUAAGACUGCAUCGUGACAUAUUUUAUUUUUAGUUUGAAUAUUCAUUUUGUAUAUCUUGCCUUUUAUAUUUAUUUUGUUUUACUAUAAAAAUUAGCAAUAAAGUUUGAAUUAUUUCAUGAAAAAUUGUUUUAUUUAAGAGGUAUUUAUGGUGAAAUUCGAUGUUUUUAUUCAAAAACGAUGCCAUAAGCGAAGCUCCGGGGCGCAGCUAGUAAUUUAAACAAUACGCUUUGUAAAGCAUGGUGUUUUGAGGCAGUUCACUGGGUCCCCUCAAUAAAAAAAAUAUCAAACCACAAAUUUACAAAAUAAUAUUUAUUUUUAUUUCAUUAUAUUUAACAAUAAGAAUAUUAGUCACAUACUCUUUGUAUAGACAACAAUAUUACCUAAAAAUAAUUGUACAUAGCUCAAGUGUGUUGUGUAUAUGUAUAUGCACGUAAUAAAACUGUAAAAAAUAAUAGUAAUCGGAUAGUAAUAUAUGGUAAAAAUAUAUCAAAAUAAGUACACACAUAAAGAUAGAUCUUAUAAUCAUGUCUAUAUCUCUUGUGGGGUAGACAGAGCCAA